CUCAAGUGCGACUAUUCUAGGAUGCUAGUGCGGCAGAAGCCUGACGUCCUCUUCACUCCUCACGCCCAUCACGACAGCGAUAGCCCUCUUGAUCACGAUUCCCGCAUCAGAAGCGUCGGCGCGGGCAGUAUGCCUUCCAUCGGCGGUGCUGCUGGCGGAGAGGGAGAGGGAGAGGGAGAGGGAGAGGGAGAGGGCGACUUGUCGAGCUAUGAUCAUCCUGUUGGCGCUCACCUGUCUGUCUUGAAGGCUCGCUGUCCGCCACUGUACGAGCACGCGGCAACCGUUAUAUCUCGAUGUCGAUCUCGAUGUCGAUCUCGACAGGCCCCCGACGCAGACGAAUCAGGGGAAAGAGAAACUGAUUCAGACGGCCGAAUGGCGCCGUGGCGUGUCUGCGCGCCCGCCGGGGUCCCUCUUGACGCCCUGCAGCUCGUGAUCUGCUACCUCUACCAAGACGCGGGAGUUUUUGACAAGCCGAAGCUAGAAACUGCCGAAACCGACCGCGAAUACAAGUACGAAGACGCCUCCUUUUCGGGAAACACUGGAGACGCGGCGCAAUCGGAGCCCAACCGAGCCAGGGACAGGCGUGACCGGCUCUUCUCGAUUAGGUCUAAGGCGGGGGUGACCGAUGAGGAUGACGAACAGCUCAAGCAUGGCACUGCCGAGAUGUCCAUGAACCCGUGGGACGAGGGGGAUGAGGGGGAGCACGAGACUGCAGCGGGAUUCGGGAGCUUUGGGGGUGCCUAUGGGGGCAACGGCAAGUACGAUGGAGCGGGGCUUGAUCGCUUGAUGAGACUCAUGGCUGCCGCCAGGACGCUCAAGCUCACCCGUCUACAGGGAUUAUGUGAGAAACGGGCAGAGGCGUUUAUCGACUGCCGUACGGUCCACAAGGUGCUUCGUCGUGCCGCGGAGGGCGGCUUCCCCUACCUCAAGCGAAGGUGCCUUGAGUUCUGCCUCGUGCACCUGGGCGAGGUGUGUGCCCCUCCAAACUCGGCAGAGGUGGUGCGAGAGCUGUCCAGCCACCCCCAGGUGCUUGCGGACGUGCUGAGCUUGUCGGCGGCGUCGGAAGGAGCGAAGCAUGCGGCGGCCAGGGAGGAGUCUUUCGAAGGUGACGGGGCUAUCCCGUGCAUCGAAGCCCUCAGGGAUGAAGCUGCUUCCGUCGUCCCAGCGGAAGACUACCAGGCGAGAAGAUGGGAAUACUGUCGCUGGACAGUGUUUACGGCACAUUGCAAACGCUUUGUAUCAAAGGGUGAUUUCCUCGCACUGUUCGAAGAAGUCGCCGCCGAAUCGGUUGCCGCGGAGGGAGGGAAGGAGAUAUCGCUGCCCCGCCCCACACAUGCCGGCCACGCCGCGAAAGCCCGCUUGGAUGAGAAGAAGAGGCAGCCAACACCCGGCCCCGUCACUUCCUUCGCCCAAGGUAACGACAAGGGAGAGCCCUCGAGGAUUGCCGGCGAUGGAAAUGGAGAAGGGGGCGUCCUCGAGCCCGGGGAGAAAGCAAGAGCUGCUGGCUACAAAGACGUUGGUGAACGUCCUGCAGAGGCGGAGAUGCUCAACACGUAA